AUGUCAUUUUAUAUUCAAUCUUGUGAUAUAAAGUUACAUUUACCAAUAUACGAUGAUAAUGAACUUGGUAAUCAAUUAGAAACAUGUUUUAGAAAUUUGACUAGUAAUCUUUAUCUUUAUUAUUCUCAUUUCGAUAAGAGUAAUGCUACUACUUCUACUACUGAUCAUCAGAGACUAGGUCAAUUACCACAUGAUUUUAUUGAUAAACUAAGAGAUUAUGUACAUAAUCAUCUUGUAAAGUUGUCUCAGACAAGGAUCAUUGGAUUUAUAAAGCAUUUGUUAUCAAAUCUAGAGGACACUGUAAUAGGUGUCUUUGCUCAGAUAUUUGAUAUCAAUCAAUACACAACUCUUUAUCAAAAACAAAGAUUGGAUAGUGGUAUAGUGUACACUGAUAAUGGAAAUCGAGGAGGUAAUACUUUAUUGGAUAUACCUCAAUUGGUUUAUUGGUUCACUUUUAAUACUUCCAUUCUAGAACUUUUAAAAUCAAUUUCUUUACUAGAUUUUAAUGAUAAUGAAUCUAUCAAAUCAUUAAAUACAUAUCUUUAUCAUUAUAUGACAUCUUUAUUAUCAUUAAAUAAUCAAAUUAUAAAUUUAAAAAAAAAGAAACAUAUUAAAAAGAUAAAUGGUGGUAGUAAUAAUAGAAAAGAAAAUAUUACAACUAUUGAAGGAUUUCAUAGUUUUGUUAAAUCAUUGGAUAGAUUAUGUGUAGUCGAGAAUAAUAGUAGUCAAGGACUUUCAUUUUGGAGAUUAUUUACUGUUUGUUUAAAUGAAUCAAACAUCAUUAAACAAUCACCACAAACUAUAUCAAUUGAAGAACAAAAUAUAUUUAUAAUGAAGUGUUUUAAAUAUUUUACAAUUAGAGAGGCAGAAUCACCAUCAUCAAUACAAUCAAUUGCAAAUAGAAAUGAAUUGAUUGUAUCUAAUAGAUCCGAUCAAUUAACAUCUAGCAAUGAUUCAAAUACAUCAACCAAAAACUAUCAUUGGUCAAUACUAUUUAAAUUGGUUGAAAAAUAUAUGGAAUCAAUACUCUCCAAUUCAGAUAGAGAAAAAGGAUUACAAAAGUUAAAAGAUGAUUGGAACAUGAUAGACAGAGUAAAGAAACAUUUGGCAUUUAUCGAAAACUAUACAUUCAAGUUGCUGUCUCUUUGGAAUUGUCCAUCAUCACAACAAGAAUUUUAUUUGGACAUUUUCAACUUUAUAUUUGAUAUUACCUAUGUUGCUCCAUUGGAAAAAUCACUUCCUCUUCAACAUAUUUUGGAAUAUAUCAAUAUUAAUUAUAAUUAUCAUUUUAAUGAUACUAGUUUUAAUAAUAGUAGUUUUGAUUUUAUAUUUUCAGAAAAUAGUAUGGAAAUUGAUGAACCAAUAACAAUCAAUGAUCAAAAUAUCAACAACAACAAUAAUAAUCAAAAUAAUAAUAAUAAUAAUAAUAUUUUUGAAAAAAAAGAUUAUAUAUUUCAAUGGAUAAAAAUAUUAUUAAAAUAUUUUGAAAUCAUUAAACCAUCACAAGAACAAACAAUUACAUUAUCAUCAUCAAUACUUAAUAGAAUCAAGGAGGAUUUAAAGGUUGAAAAAAUAUCUCAGUCUGCUCAACAAUUGCUAAUGAAAAAACCUGGUCAUUUGUUGGAUCACUAUGUAAAACCAUUAAAAGUCUUAUCAGAUGAAGGAUUUCAAUUAUACUCUUGGACAUUGACAACCAUUUCAAUUAUCCUUUCCAAACCAAGUGGUUCGUCUUUUGAAGAGGAACGAAACUUGACCAAAUCUUUUAUCAAACUAUGUUGUCUAUUAAAGUUUGAUAACCUUGGAUUGGAAAAAAACAACAUCAAACAUAUCAUCAACUGUUUGGUAUUUAUCAUUUCAUUCAAUUUAAAAGAUAAUCUUUAUCAUUAUAAUCAUAUGAAUGAAAAUGAUAAAAUUGUUAGACUAGUACGCAAUUUUAAAGAAAGAGUUUGGGAUCGACUUCGUUUAGUUGAUAGUCUAAAAUACAACAACUACAUGGACAAGAUUGAAUUGACCGAUUAUAUAUUGGAUAAAUUUGCAACACUUGUCGAAAAUCAAAAAAACAAUUGUGUUUGUCCAGAUCCUUGGUUUCCAAUCAGAGUUGCCAUCAACCAAUUUAUCUUGGGUGAACAUUUUGUUGGACCACAUUACAAAAACCUACCAAGGUUUACAAAAUCAAUUACCAUGUCUGUAUUGGAAUAUUUGAAAUCGGAUCAAAGAGCCAAUCAAAACAACACAAUUAUGAAAAGAGUAACCGAAUCAAUCAUAUCAUUGGCCAAUCAUAUCAUCCCAAAAUGUCAUGUCUACCUCAAAGGAAAUCAAGAUGAUUCAUCUCAUUCAAUAAUGAUGGAUGCAUUGGUAGACUGCUAUCAAAUUCUUUAUACUCAAUCUCAUGGAUUGGAAUUUAAAUUUGAUUAUCAACCAUUUGAUAAUCACUGGGAUGCAAUGAAAAAGAAUGAACUAAAACAACCAAACUAUCUCAUAUUUAAAAUUUCCUUACAUUGUUUUAAUAGAAUGUUAAAGGUUGAUAAUCAAUUUUUAUCUACAAAAUUAAAUAGUUGUAUCAAUUUAUUUUUUUUAAUUUUAGUUGAUCCAAUUUAUGGAGAUGAACAUAGAGAUUAUAUUAGUUCAUUGAUUGAAAAUCAAAUGAUAAAGGAUAGUCCUUUAUUUAAAGGUAUUACAAAAACACCGUCAUCAAUUUAUAGAAACCAAACAUUACAAGUAUUCCUCAGGAAUUUAAAUCAACUACAACCAACAAUACCCAUUGAAAAAAUUCUUAGAUCAUUUUUAGAAUUUUUUAAAUCUUGUUUAAUCAAUUCAAAAGAUAAAACAUAUCAAGAUUUAUCAAAAUCAAUAGAACUUAUUAUUUUUGAAUGUUUUGACCAUUUAUUUUAUCCUUUGGAACAAGGAAAAAGAAAUUUAAUGAUUACAACUCUUUGUACAAGAUGUUCACCUAUUUUUAAUGUUGGACAAGAUAAUAUUGACAGGUUAUUGGAUCUCUUUGGUUCGAGAGCGAUUGCGAGAAAGAAUCAAUCAUCAUUUGCAAAUAUGUUUUGUGGUAUUGUUUUACACUCUUACAAGGAUACCUCUCCUAGUUCACCAAUUCAAUUGUUUGCAAACCGAUUGGUAUCAAAACACUAUCUUCGAUACCUAGUGUUGAAUACAUGUAUAAAGAGAAUCUCUACUGAAAACUCCAAAGCUACAUUCCUCUUUCUUGAACGACUAUUCAAGCAACCAAAUGACCGAUACGAUAUCAAAUUCUAUACCCAGGAUUUCUUUAGCGUCUCCAAACCCAUCAUUCAAUUCCUUCAUGAUAAUACUUGGUCAAGUAUCACAAAAAGGGCAAGUACCGAAUCAAUGCCAAAUGUAUUUUCAUUGUUAAAUGCAGUUUUAAAGAGGAUAUCAAAUCAAAAUCAAAUCUUGUCCCAAAUAACUAUAAAAAAUAUAACAUAUAAUAUACCAGUUGAUCAAGAACAUGUUUUAUUUUUUAGACAUUUUUUAAAACAAUUGGUCAAAGUAAUAUGUCAUUGGAUGGAGAGAUCAACAGGGUCACAAUUUUCAGAUCCCAAUGUUUAUAAUAAGAAAUUUUUGGCCAUACUCGAUUAUUUACCCAAUUUUAAUGGUCCUUCUAUUGAAAUGCUAGAACCAAUUGAAAUCGAUAAAUCAACUCCACAAAUUCACAAUCCUCCCGCCUACCAAGACUACAAAAACAUUUGGAAAAAAUGUCUAAGGUUGACAAAGAUUAUUUAUAAUUACUAUGGUUCUUUUGGAAGAUUUUUAAUAUUGGAUACAUUUAACAAUGGAGGGUUCCAUUCAAUUCAAUCUUCCUUAAACCAAGAUAUGAAAGUUAUAAAAAUGGUUCCAGUUAAAGCCAGAAGAGUUGUCCUCCUGAACCAGCACAUCAUAUUCAAUAAGGUGUUUCGUAACUUUUCAAGAUCAACAAUGAAUAUUCAUCCCAACAUUCAAGCUUUUUCGUGGAUACUCGGAAAGUGGAAAGGCACUGGAAAGGGAAUCUACCCAACUAUUACUUCAUUCAAUUACACUGAGGAACUAGAAUUUAGUACUGCUGGUAAACCAUUCAUUCAUUAUCAACAAAAAUCAUGGAAUGAAGCAGGACAACUGUUACAUGUAGAGAAUGGGUAUCUUAGAUUCCCACCAACUGGACGUAUCGAAUUGGUGAAUGCACAACCAACUGGAGUCUCUGAUAUCUACGAUGGUAGCUACAAUUCUCAAGACAAAUCAAUCGAGUUGAAGCUAACCUCGAUCAAUAGAACUGCAUCUGCCAAAUCACCACAUGUAACUGAUGCAAUCAGACGUUUCAAAUUGACCAAUGACAAUCGUUUAGAGAUCUCUUUUGACAUGGCUACAACAAAUACACCAACCAUUCAAAGACAUCUUGAUAGUUUACUUGAAAAGAUUUAA